AUGAGGUUUGAGAGGCCGGUUAGGGCGCCGCUUUAUGAUGGGGAUGAGGAUGAGGAGGGGGUGGGGGUGGGGGUGGGGGUGGGGGUGGGUUCUGGUGGGGUGACGAGGGAGUUGGGGGGAAUGGGGGAGAUGGGUGGGAUGGGUGGGCAGGAGGGGGAGAUGAAAGAGUUGAGGCCGGGAUCGUAUUUACGAGGCGGCGAGGGACAUCCGUCUCACAUAAGCGGUUCCGGUCUUGGUGGUGCGAGCGCAGAGGGACAGCAUCUGAGUGGGCUCAGCGCGGGGUAUUGGGCGCUUUCGCCGUCGGCUGUAGAGGUAGAGGCGGGGUACGAGGAUGUGGAUCUGGGAGAGGUGGAGGAGGGUUCUGGGGCGGGUGUUGGUAUGGGUACGGGAGCUGGUUUGGGUGUCGGUGUUGGUAUGGGCGCGGGAAUGGGUAUGGGGGCAGGACAUGAAAGAGAAAGAGAAGGCGACGGCGAGGAUCUAGGAAGCCCACAUCCCGGCACUAGCACCAGCACCAGCGCGUAUUACGGCGACCCGAAUUUCGCGGCAGGUUCUGGUAGAGUCUCGGACGCGGAACUGCUCAUGCACCCUCACUCCCACCCCCAGCACCACAACAACAUCCCAGCGUCGCAGAGACCACUAUCGAAGAGCGGACCCGGCCUCGAUCCCGCGCUGUGGAUCUCGAGUUCGAGUGCGGCUCAUGCACAUGGGAGGCCAGAGUCGGAGUCGGUGUAUGCGCCUACGCCGACGAGUGCCGCGUUCGGUGUCAUAGGUGGUGGUACAAUUCCAAGUGCAAGUGGUGGUGGUGGAGGAGGAGGAGGAGGAGGAGGCUCAUCGUCCCAAGGACACUCGAGCGGACAUGGACACGGACACGGGAGACUCGAACCUACCAGAUUCGGUACCGCUUCUUCCUCAGGACACGAUCAUCUCGGCGCCCCCUCUGGCGGUGGUGGGUUAUCCUCACACCUGAGCCACGGAGGACACGGACAGGGUGGUGGAGGAGGUGGUGGAAUGUUCUCGAGCGACAAGGGGAUGUUCUCGAGCGACAAGGGAAUGUUCUCGAGCGACAAGGGAAUGUUCUCAAGCGACAGCGGCGAAGACAUCGGCUAUCGCUCCAACAGCUCGAACUACCAUUCCCAUUCCGGGCGAACAUCGUACAGCCCCGCGCCGCCGUCGCCGAGCGCGGUGAGAAGGAUAUUGUUGCCGCCACGGAAAGAUACGAGUGGGAGUUCGGGGCUGGGGAGUUCGGAGUCGCAUGGGAGUCAGGGGGGGUUGCUUGGUGGGUAUGGGAGUGUGGGCAGAGGGGGUGAAGGAGGAGGAGGUGGUGGGGGGUUGUUGUCGACGUUAAAGUUGAAGACCUCGUUCAAGGGCAAUAAGUCGAAGCGAUCGUCGUCUUCGAGAGCCGUCAUGCCCCCUCCGUCCGCAUUCCACUCUGGAUCGAGCGGAGACCAUCACGGGUCCCCUACCGCUGUCGUCGCUGCCGCCGCCGCUUCUACCCCUCUCCCAUCCUCUCCUACGACACAAUCACCGUACGCGACGGUUUCGGAUCGUGCGGGAACUCCUGCCUCGAAACGCAAAUCGCUAACAAGUAAAUGGCGAGGCUCCUCCAGCGACGAAGGCUUCAACGCAUCCGGAUCUACAGGCGGUGGCGGUGGCGAUAUCGGCGGUAGCGGGAAGACGAAAAAAGGAUCAGGCAAACGCUCCUCGUCCUCACACAAGAAGACGUCCUCCGCGCUGAACAACCUAACGAUCAAAAACUCGCUCCAGCCGACACAGACGCCCGUUCCGACGUUCUUUGAAGCGCCUGAAGGGGCGGCGAGAAGGGCGGCCAUGCCUGCGCCUGCACGUACACCUCCGUUACCGAGUCUUACACCACCACUUCUGCCUCAUAAGGCGUAUGUCUCGGGCGCAGGAUCGAUGCCGUAUCCCACAGGCACAGGCUCGAUGUCGACCUCCUCGAUGAACAUGACCACCCGCGCCCCGGCGCCGACGUUUGACUAUGCCCUCCCCGCGCCGCCACGGACGUUAUUCGCGCUGCAGGGCGAGGGGAUACUCACCCCUUCACCAGCGGAGACGACGGGGAGCGGGGGGACGGAGAUGAGGUCGAUUAGGGCGGAGGGGCUGUUGAGGCUUGGGAUGACGAUGGCGGAGCGGGGUAGGCUGCAUGCGGCUGGAUUUGGUGAGGGGUAUGGGUAUGGGGAGGGAGAGGGAGAGGACGGAGGGCAGUGGAGUGGUGCGGAGGGAGAGGGAGAGGGAGAGGGGGGAGAGGGAGGGAUUUGGCAUGGACAUGAGGGAUGGGGGAGGGCGGUGGAGAGCGUUGCGGCGUUGAGUUUGAGGGACGAUGUGGAUUAUUCGAGGCCUGUUGCUGCCAGGAUGUACAGCCAGACGACGCUCGACUCGGAGCAUUCGCAAGGGAGCCACCAGCCGCCUGACGUGCCGUACCAUUCACAUCCCCAUCCUCAUACAGGCCUCCACCAAGUCUCCACCAGCGACGCGUCUGCAUCGUGA